AUGGACGGCAUAAAUACAGAAACGUCUGGCUUCACAACGGAACUCGUCAUCGCCGCCGUGUGCAGCGUCGUCGGCGUGAUCGUAUUUCUCGGCGUGAUCCUCUUCCUCGCCCUCCGGUGGACACGGGUCGCACCCCACGUCACUCCGGAUAGCUGGAAGACACCGCAGAGCGAGAAGAGCUGGCCAAUGGCGAGGGACUCCUGGUCUCAACCUAUGAUUUCGCCGGUGCCGUUGCCGACAACGUCGCCGCGGGCGUCGAGGACGAUUUCUGAUGUUAUGUUCGAGAGGGAGAAGGCCUGGCCUAAGAUGAGGGACUCGGUCGAGUCCAGCUGGUCUUCCCCUUUGAUCUCGCCGGUGGCGUCGCCGAUAACGUCGCCGCGUGCGUCGCCGCGUGCGUCGCGGACGAGUUCGGAUGUUAUGCUCAAGAAGGGCAGCUAUUGA